AUGAUCGAUCAGGUCGAUCAAUCAGACUUACCAUUCCGAAUACUAGUAGCCCGACAUGGUGCAACGAUGGUCUACACCCAAAUGAUUUGGGCAGACCGAUUUUUAUCUGACCCACAAUAUCAUGACUUUCAUUUGAAUGACGUGAAGGCUUGGUGUAAGAGGAAAGACAUUGAACAGGAUUUGACAAAGAUUCCUUUAAUCGUACAGUUAGGUGGAAACGAUGUUGAAAGAGUUUUAAGGACUGCGAAAUGCUUUGAGCCUUGGUGCGAUGGCAUAGAUCUCAAUAUGGGAUGUCCACAAACCCACGCCUUACAAAAUGGCUAUGGUGCUUCUCUACUUUUCCGUAAAAAUCACGAUCAAGCCAUUUCUAUUGGUAUUUCAACGUCUUCCCUAUCAUACAAAUGCAAAGAAAAGGCUCACAUUUGGAACUUGGUUCUGUUGUCAAGGCAAGCUGGUGCUUCAUGGAUUACACUCCAUCCCAGAUUCAUUUCUUGUAGACGAAGGCGCAAAGGAUCACCUUUUUUAAGAUUCGUUAAAGAACUCAAACAAGCAGUCAAGAUCCCAGUCAUAAGUAAUGGGGGUGUGAGAUCAUAUUCUGAUUUUGAAAAAAACCUCAAUGAGACUGGAGCUGAUGGUCUCAUGGUCGGAGAGCCUUUAUUGACAAAUCCAUUGUGA